AGUUUCGGUUCAAACGCCGUCCGCGUGAAGGGAUCGAAUUAUUCGGAGUUGGCGUCAAUCCCAAUGGCACCACCAGCUGGAUGCCUGAACUUUGCCGCUGGCCUGAUGGGCCCACCCACCUUCACAGUGACAAUCAAGAAGAAUGCGUUUGAACAUUGUGGCUUCAGCAUUCGAUACAGCGAUCGGCUUCUGUUGGUCACCCGGGUCUUGGAGGAUACGCCGAUGGCCGCCUGGAACCAAGAGCACCCGACUCGCCAGGUGCAGUUCGGCUCCCGCAUCCGGAGUGUCAACGGAAAGAGGAACAUCUUCGACAUGAUUAUCGCGCUGCAGGAAUCCUCGGAGGUCCUUAUGGAGGUGGGGCUCCGAUUGGAGAACGGCCUUUUGAGCGAGAUGAUGGCCACCGACAGCAAGAAACCUCAGCCAUUGAUGUCAGAGGUCUUCGACUCGCUCCCCGAACGACAUUGUUCCUGUUGCACCACCACCUCCUGUGCGGUUUGCCUGGAUGACUUUGAAGAUGAACAUGUGGUGCAGCUGCCUUGUGGCCACGGCUUUCAUCGCGAAUGCAUUGCCUUCUGGCUCUUAAAACGUUCGCCACGUUGCCCUCUUUGUAUGCAAGUGGUGGAUGACCGUGUGUGUGAUGAGUCCUGCUCGCACGAGGAAGAGGAAAUGCAGCCUCGGGACGUGUCAAUCAGUUCGCCAGCAGUUUCAAGGACACCUUCAUGGGCGGAGCGCCGGCUUGGCAGCAGAGGGAGAUCCAGAGUCUGCGUGUCGAGAAUCUCCCUGUGGUGCCGCUCACAUGUUCUCGUGCAGCAGAUGGACAUCACCCGCCCACAUCGCUGCAGGAAAGAGCCAUCGAUAUCAUCCAAGAAUUUGGAUCUUUGUUCUAUUGGACUCCUCACUGAAUGCAAAAACCUCAGAAACCUACCCAGAAACCUUGGAAUUCCUGGGAUUAGGUUUUGCUGCAGCUCUAUUUUCACUAAUGUGAGAGGAACAUGUUGCUGCAAUUCAGUUGUUGCCAUAUGUGACAAGCACUAAAUUUGCC